AUGGCAAUCAAAGGAUUCCUGAUCGUUAUUCUUCAAGUUGUCCUUAUUCUCGAGGCAAUUGCUGCUUUUCCAUGCAGUCCCUGUGCUGACUUGCUAAUAGCGGAAGAAGUGCCAAGUUCUUACGGUGGAGACUUCAUUGUGACAACUGGUUCUCCUGUACCGCCAACCGGAUUAACAGUAUUGUCAGAGAAUAGGUUCGAAGGUACAUUGGCUGUGGAAGGAAUAUUACCCUUCGCGGGAACUGUUGGUCUUGAAGGUGAAUUACCAACUGCGGGAAGAGGUACUGUUGCUUAUGGAUGUGGCAACGGCAAUGUAGGAAUUGUGGACGAGCUUGCUUCAAUUGGAAACGCAAGACGUGGUGGUGCUCGCGGUUGUGGAUGUCGAAUUUAA